GCGCCUCACAGUCGUACACGUGAUUCUUGUUUUGUGUUCGGUUCUCUUUUGGUGUUUUUCGUGUACAUUAUCUGGACAAUUGAUACAGUUGCGCUCUUCAUUGGAUUUUACAUUGGAAAACAGCCGAAAUGGAUAUGGAAUCCCUGUACGACUACGGGGAGGAGGAACAGGAUUUCUACGAGGAGAGUCCUGGUACCAGGAAAGGUUACCCGAUCGAUCACAGAUCCAUCAAGCGCGAUGCUAGAGGCGUGGGCAGCUAUCUGGGAGGCGGCAGCAUUAGCGACGGUGGCGGCAUGUUGACGGUUAUGGCGAAGUUGAUGAAACAAGAGCUGGCCUCUGACGCCGAGGAAGAGGGCCUGGUGCCUGCCCUCUCAGGCAGGUUCACCUCCAUGCGGAAAGUGCCCUCACUCUCCGACCUGUCCGAUCCGGAGAGCUCCUUAGAUAUACCGGCACAAGUGCCGCCGUUAACACCUGGGACCAACAAGAAGAUGACCGAGGCCCUGGAGGCCUCUUUUGCCUCCUGGGAGAAGGAACGAGUCCGCCUCAACAUAACCAAAGAUCCGAGGCAAUGGUCGGAAGCAGCUGUCGCUCACUGGCUGCACUGGGCAAUCGGGGAGUUCUCCCUGGAGGGUGUGGCGAUGCAACCCUGGCAGCACAUGACGGGGAAGCAGAUUUGUGCCAUGGGGAAGGAAUCCUUUUUGGCACGUGCUCCGGCCUUCAUGGGCGAUAUCCUGUGGGAACACCUCGAGAUCCUGCAGAAAGAUGUCGACGCGGCGAAGGCCUCUCUGGAGAACGUGCCGGGCAACAUGUACGAAAGCGUAUGCGUGCCAGAUUUAGGUGAUUUCUUGGGAUACCAGAGCGCGGCGCAUCAGGUCGCGACGACGCCGGAACACGAGAGUCCAGCGACGCCUGCGAGUUCCGCCAUCUCGAACUCGUCCGGGCCGCAAAGCACCGGAAACCAACCGGCGGCCCCGUUGCAACCACCUUCCACCGCGGUCUCUCUGCCCUCGAGACAGUAUCAUGACGAUGGUGGCUACAACCAUCUGCGCAGCCCCGUGUGCCAAGACGAGAACCAGAGGGAUGAAACCUCGCCACCGCCCCACAGCCAUAACGCUCAAGCGCCCAACUCUCAUUCCAGUACUCCGAACAGCAACAAUAAUAACAACAACAACAGCAACGCGAACAACGCGUAUAUACACUUACGGAACUUGAACCAGCUGAAAACGGAGUCGAACUACAGCAAUCACCAUAUAACAGAGCACCUGCAGGGCGGCGGAGCGGGGUUAACGAGCGGUAACGAUCUCGCGGCUACAGGGACCAACGAGAGCGACUUGAGGGUGAGUCAGGCCGCGACGGAGAGCUACAUGACUCCGGCCCAUUAUUCCGGCUACGACGAGGCCUCGGAGUAUCACAGUCUGCCGCAGGAUCAUCAGCCGCCGCAUCCUUUCAUCCUGGACGGCUCGCCGGAAUUUUACAGCACCAGUGGAAUUCACCUCGAGCCGAAGUAUCAGCCGUCGUCGUUUAAGAAUUAUCCUCGAGGUCGCUAUCAUGAAGGAUACAGCGAGAGCGGAGGAUACGGACAGUACGACGCGACGCCAUUCCAGACGGUUCCAGGAAGCGGAAGCGGAGGUGGAGGUGGCGGCGUUGGCGGCGAUCAAUGGGGAGUCGGCCCCCUCGAACACCUGUCUCAUCAUCCGGCAUUCCUGGCUGGUCUUGGUCCCAGAGAUUCCUCCAAUCCUCAUCAUCCCUCGUCUAUCGGAAACAAUCCUGAUCAAAAGCCUCUGUUGCAGAGCGCGAUGAUCCCUGGUUAUACGAGCAGUGGACCCUGUUUUACCGGAUCCGGCCCCAUUCAGCUUUGGCAGUUCCUGCUGGAGUUGUUAACGGACAAAUCAUGCCAAGGCUUCAUCUCGUGGACCGGCGAUGGCUGGGAGUUCAAGCUGACGGAUCCAGACGAGGUGGCACGUCGUUGGGGCAUCCGCAAGAACAAGCCUAAAAUGAACUACGAGAAGCUGAGCCGCGGUCUCCGUUAUUACUACGACAAGAACAUUAUACAUAAAACAGCAGGGAAACGAUACGUUUACCGCUUUGUCUGUGACUUACAGAGUCUCCUAGGAUACAGUCCGGAAGAACUCCACGCAAUGGUAGAUUUGAAGCCAGAGAAGAAGGAAGAAGACUGAGUUUUUGUUAUCGGACGUG